CAUCAGAAACUGCUCUGGUUUCUCUAAUUCCGCUGUCACACUCAUACUAGGGAGCACAUUUCUGUCCGCUUGUCCAUCUCGACAGCGAGGGAGCGCACGUGCCCCAUCCAGCCGGUCCCACCCUCGCUCUGCCGGUGUCUACCUCCCUCUCCUUUAGGGGAUGGCUCAAAUCAAAUGCGGAAGUUUACACCCAGUGAAGCUUUUGGCACCCGCAAGCAAGGAUAAGCGUUGACAUGACAGUUGAACUGUGUUGACAGGUAGAAGCGGUCUUUCGGUGGCAGGCGGCGAGUCCGUAGAAAAACGCCAAAGGCGGAGUUCCGCUGAAGUGGACUUCAGACUCGCUUAUGGCUUCUCUGGGAAGCGCAGAGCGACGGGCUUUUGCACUGAAACUCAACAGGCAUUCUUCUGCAGAGAUCAGACGACACUUUGGUGGGAACUAUGACAUUCAUCACAGCCGAACAAGUUCCAGUUCUUCGACCUCAGUGUGCCUCAAUGUGCCCCAGUCGUAUGAAGCGGUGGAGCCCCUGGACCUGGAGGAAUUCUUGAUGUCACAGCUACGAAGUGGAGAAUCAGCCCUGAUGCAAGAACUUGGAGACUUCCCCGAUGAUGACCUGAAGGUGGAGCAGGUGGAGAAGGAGUGUCGCACUGUUCGACACUCUGUCCCUGAAGAUGGAGUGGAGCUUGGUCCCCAUGUAAGAGACUGUGUAAAGACUUACACCCAGCCGUGGCUUGUGGUUUCAAGAAGGUGCCAGGGGGAUGGUUGGAGCGCCUAUUCAACUCGAGCUGGCCUGCACAAGUGUCUUCAGAAACAGACCUUUGACUCUGAUGUUCAGCCAGAAAACCAAGAGAAACCAGUCAAGUCUCCAACUUUAGCAAGGCUCACCGAUGAAUCUGGUCGCACGCUGACCUCCUCUGACUUUAACCUGCGUUGUUUAACUCCAGACCAGAGGGUAGAGGGGCUGUUGGCUUUCAGCAGCCAUGAGGAGUUGGACCGCUUCAACCAGGAGGCACGGCAGGGGAAUAGAUACCCUGAGCUGUUUGCUCUGUAUCCACCAGCUGACGAGGAAGAUGCCGUGGAGAUCCGGCCCAUCCCUGACUGCCCCAAGGAGCACACUGGAGACCGCAUCCUGGUCCGAUGCCAGGCCAUCAAGUUUGAGAUUGACAUUGAGCCCAUAUUUGCAACUAUGGCUCUGUUUGAUCUGAAAGAGAAGAAAAAGAUAUCGGAGAACUUCUACUGUGACCUGAAUUCAGACCAGUUUAAAAACUUCUUGAAACCUCACACGCCACAUGUGAAUAAUUCUGCUUUGGCUAAAUCCGCCAUAUUCUCAAUCACCUACCCUUCCCCAGAUAUCUACCUGGUCAUCAAGAUUGAAAAGGUUCUCCAGCAGGGUGAGAUCAGUGACUGUGUCGAGCCCUAUAUGACACUGAGGGAAUGUGACUCUGCAAAGAACAAGGACAAGCUUGAGAAGCUGCGAGGCCAGGCGGAGGCUUUCUGCCAGAGGCUGGGUCGGUAUCGCAUGCCUUUUGCCUGGGCAACAGUUAAAAUCAUGGACGUCAUCUCUACUGCUGCGAUAGACCACGAUAUCACAGACUCUGACAGCUUAAAAGGAGGUAAAUCCAGCAGCAUUGACCGGAGAGCACAGCUUCCCAGGAGGAACUCUGAACGUUAUAGUGGGAUUGAUGAUCAAUUUUGUAACAUUUCUGCCUUCAAACGUGCUACCGUCACCAUCAGCCCCAUCUUCAAACAGGAGGGAGAGCGCCUGAGUGAUGAGGACUUGCUGAAGAUCCUGGCUGAGAUCAAGAAAACCUCCAAUCCACAGAGGAGAAUCAAGGCGAUACCAGGGUUCAUAAAACUGGACAUGUCCCCAGUCCACACCACACCACAGGGAUGUUUGUCCACUGAGCUCAUCCCUCUCCUACCAGUACCUGAGAAAACUGUGUUGCCAGUCAAAGAGGUGCUGGAGUUCCCAUCCAGUGAGGUUUAUGUCCCUCACAAUAUUUACAGGAACCUGCUCUAUGUUUACCCCCAGAGGCUCAACUUAGUCAACAGACUGACUUCAGCAAGAAAUAUCACCAUCAAAAUCCAGUUUAUGUGCGGAGAGGACCCUAGUUGCUCGCUGCCUGUCAUUUUUGGAAAAUCAAGUGGCCCUGAAUUUUUGCAGGAAGUUUAUACCCCUGUUACCUACCACAACAAGUCCCCAGACUUCUAUGAGGAAGUGAAGCUGGCUCUCCCAGCCCAUCUGACAGAGAGACAUCACUUGCUCUUCACCUUCUACCACAUCAGCUGCCAGCAGAAACAGAACCAAAGCGGCAACUGUGAGACACUCAUCGGAUACUCUUGGCUGCCAAUGCUGAAUAAUGACCGACUGCAGACUGGCCAGUUCUGUCUGCCUAUUAUUUUGGACAGGCUGCCUGUCAACUAUUCACUGCACCCACCCGAGAAACUUCCUCUUCAGGUUCCUCCAGUUAAGUGGAUGGAGGGUCACAAAGGACUUUUCAACCUCGAGAUUCAGGCUGUGUCAUCUGUACACACACAGGACAACCACCUGGAGCGUUUCUUCACCCUCUGCCAUGCCCUGGAGGGUGGAGCUACAUUCCCUCUACGGGUCAGGGAUGAGAAGAUUCCAGAGAACAAGCUGGAGCAUGAGCUAAAGCUCAGUAUCAUCUCCCUGCCCUCCUCCAGUUUAGAGCCUUUGGUCCUCUUUCUCCACCUGGUGCUGGAUAAACUUUUCACCCUCAUCAUGCAGCCAAUGGUCAUCGCUGGCCAGACCGCCAAUCUGGCCCAGAUAGCCUUCGAAUCAGUGGUGUCUAUUGUCAACAGUCUUCAUAACAGCCAAGAGCUGAUCAGGGACCAGCAGGGCAGGAACAGCCUCUUAGCGACCUACCUUUACUGGGUGUUCCGUCUGCCGGAUCCUCCUCAAGACAUGCAGAAUGCAGGUGGUAUCCCUUCAGCAGAGAGCCGUUACAGCACCAUGGGUCGGGCCACAGCAGCCACAGUUGGCAGUAUGCUCCUUCAGUCCAAAAUCCGCAGCAGCAGCAACCCCGAUAUUCCCGGUCCACACACCUCUGAUGAAGAUGCUGAGGUCAAAAACAUCCUCUCUGCCAAGGGUCUCAACAACCCAGGCAGUCGCAUGUCCACUUAUGUGGAUGUAAACAACCACCAGAACCCCACAGGAAGCACCAGGCCCUCUAACAGAAAGCACUUUCAUGAGGAGCUGGCCCUACAGAUGGUUGUCAGUACCGGGGUCUGCAGAGAGAACGCAUACAAAUAUGCCUGGUUCUUCUUUGAGCUGCUGGUGAAAAGUAUGGCUCAGCAUGUGUCUCAGCUGGACAAGUAUGGUGUCCCUAGAAGAAGUCGCUUCUCUGACAGAUUUAAAGAUGACAUCAGUACCAUUGUUUCUGUGGUUACAGCUGAGAUUGGCACUAUCCUUGUCAAACAACCAAAGGAGUUAGAGCAAGCAGAGAAAGUCAACAUCAGCCUGGCCUUCUUCCUCUAUGACCUGCUGUCACUCAUGGACCGAGGAUUUGUCUUUCAGCUGGUGAAGAACUACUGUAACCAGAUGUCAGCUAAAAGUGUUUCAAUGCCAACCCUGAUCAGCAUGCGUCUGGAGUUCCUGCAGAUUUUGUGCAGUCAUGAGCACUACCUCAACCUGAGCCUCUUUUUCAGCAGCGCUGCCUCUGCCCCCACCUCACCAUGUCCUUCCAUCUCCUCACAGAGUUCCGGUUCAUGUAGUUUCCAGGAGCAGCAGAGGAUCUUAGGGCUGUUUGAGCUUUCUCAGGAAUUCAAGCAGCAGCACUACCUCACCGGUCUGGUGCUUACAGAACUCAGUGCUGCCCUGGACAUGGAGUCAGAGGGGGGAAAGGUCCAGAGAAAGGCCAUCAAUGCCAUCCACAGCCUGUUGUGUUCCCAUGACCUUGACCAACGCUGUGUUAAACCUGAGGUCAGAGCCAAGGUGGCCGCUCUCUACCUCCCCCUGGUGGGGAUUAUCAUUGACUCCACCAACUAUCUGGACUUCACUGUUUCUGACGCACGCAGUGGGAAAAACAAGACGGGCGGACUAGAAGAUGACCUUGAAAUUGUCCCACCCAUCAAUCAGUCUGUUGCCAUGGCGAUUGCCGGGAACCCCUUCAACACACUGGGACGAAAUGUUCUCGUUUCCAUGGCGUCCUUGCAAGGUAAAUCCAUAGCCACCCUGGCAGCAGAUACCAGUCGCCACCUGUUGGUGUGUUUCCUGUGGGUGAUGAAGAAUGCUGAUAAGAGUCUGAUUCAGCGCUGGACUGUAGAUAUGCCUCCUUCGCAGCUCAACAAGCUGCUGGAGCUCCUAACUAUCUGUGUCUCCUGCUUUGAGUACAGGGGUAAGCAGAGCAGUGACAAAGUGAGCACACAGGCCUUACAGAAAUCUCAGCACGCCAAGCUGCAGCUGGAAGAAGCCCUGCUGAGAGGAAUGGGUGCCCGCGGGGAAAUGAUGAAACGAGUUGGAGGUACGGAUCGGACCAUGGGCCAGAGAGAGAACUUGCGCUGGAGGAAAGAUCUGACUCAGUGGAGACAGACCAAUGACAAACAGGACAAGACUAAAGCAGAGUUGGACCAGGAGGCUCUGAUCAGUGGGAACUUGGCUACAGAAGCAAACCUAAUUGUGCUGGACCUGCUGGAGACCAUCGUCCAGGCACUGCCUCUGGCUGACUGUAAGGACAGUGUGGUUGGUGGGGUGUUGAAGGUGAUACUCCACUCUCUCACCUGCAACCAGAGUACCACUUUUCUCUCUCACACGUUCAGCACACUCAGAGCGCUUAUUGUCAAGUUUGGAGACCUGUUGUUUGAGGAGGAGGCAGAGCAGUGUGCAGACCUGUGCCAGAAGGUGCUUCAGUACUGCAGCAGUCCUGUAGAUGAGAACAGGAGCCAGGCCUGUGCCACCCUCUACCUGAUCAUGAGAUACAGCUACAGUAAUGCCAGUAACUUCUCAAGAGUGAAGAUGCAGGUCACCAUGUCUCUAGCCUCAUUGGUGGGCAAGUCAUCAGACUUCCAAGAGGAAUACUUACGACGCUCGCUGCGCACCAUCCUGGCCUAUGCAGAGGAGGACACUGAGAUGCAGAACACCCCGCUGCCCUCACAGGUGGAUGAGCUCCUGAGAAACCUUAACAGUAUUUUGUCAGACACAGUAAAAAUGAGGGAGUUCCAGGAAGAUCCUGAGAUGCUUAUGGACCUCAUGUACAGGAUAGCGAAGGGCUACCAGACAUCUCCUGACCUCCGUCUGACCUGGCUGCAGAAUAUGGCAGAGAAACACAACAACAAGAAGUGUUACACUGAGUCGGCUAUGUGUCUGGUCCACGCUGCUGCCCUGGUGGCCGAGUACCUCAGCAUGUUGGAGGAUCACAAGUACCUGCCUGUUGGCAGUGUCACCUUCCAGAACAUUUCGCCCAACGUGCUGGAGGAGUCGGCGGUGUCUGAUGACAUCCUGUCCCCAGAUGAGGAUGGUGUGUGUUCGGGACGCUACUUCACCGAGAGCGGCCUGGUGGGGUUGCUGGAACAGGCUGCUGAGCUCUUCAGCAAUGGUGGUCUCUAUGAGGCAGUGAAUGAAGUCUACAAGAUCAUCAUACCGAUCCUAGAAGCUCAUAGAGAUUUCAGAAAACUGGCAUCCACUCACGACAAACUACAGAGAGCCUUUGAGAACAUCAUUCAGAAGGGCCAUAAGAGGAUGUUUGGAACCUAUUUCCGGGUGGGUUUUUAUGGGGCCAAAUUUGGUGACCUAGACGAACGGGAAUUCAUUUACAAGGAGCCUGGGAUCACACAUCUGCCUGAGAUAUCACACAGGCUGGAGAACUUUUACAGUCAGUGUUUUGGAGACGACACAUUGAUUAUGAUCAAGGACUCUACACCAGUGGACAGGAAACAGCUCAACCCAAAAAAGGCAUAUAUCCAGAUCACUUUUGUGGAGCCCUACUUUGAUGACUAUGAGAUGAAAGACAGGCUGACAAACUUUGAGAAGAACUACAACCUGCGGCGGUUCAUGUACACCACGCCCUUCACCAAGAGCGGACGGCCACGGGGUGAACUCCACGAGCAGUACAAGAGGAAGACCAUCCUCACCACCAUGCAUGCCUUCCCCUACGUCAAGACUCGCCUCAAUGUCAUCCAGAAAGAGGAGUUUGAUCUAACUCCUAUUGAGGUGGCCAUAGAGGACAUGCAGAAGAAGACUAGAGAGCUAGCAGUUGCUACACACAGAGAACAGCCUGAUGCUAAGAUGUUACAGAUGCUGCUACAAGGCUCUGUGGGGGCCACUGUUAAUCAGGGUCCAUUGGAGGUGGCCCAGGUCUUCCUGAAUGAGAUCCCAGCGGACCCGAAGCUCUUCCGUCACCACAACAAAUUGCGCCUGUGUUUCAAGGAGUUUAUAAUGAGGUGUGGUGAGGCAGUUGAGAAGAAUAAGCACCUGAUCAUGUUGGACCAGAAGGAGUAUCAGGAACUGAAGAAGAACUACAACCGCCUGAAAGAGAGCCUGAGGCCUAUGCUGGAGAGAAAGAUCCCUGAACUAUAUAAACCGAUCAUCAGGCCUCGGCUGGAGAACAGGGACUCUUUCAAACGUCUAAGUUUGCGCAGAACUCAGGAGGAAAACUCCUGAGAUACCACAAGUCAUCUAAGAGAAUGCAAGGGAGAGGAAGGGGGAAGCUGUCACAUCACUGAGAGAGGAAAAGAGCAGAUAAGAUGAAAGAGAAGAAAAACGAGGAAAGGAAGUGCUGGUGAUACCCUUGCACUUGUCUGCGUGGGAGCAGUACACUGUGUCCACAAAGGAGGACUCUCAGUUUCUCAACAGUUCAGGAGUGCUUAUGAAUAGCUGCUGUAUGCCCACUUCUGUUAUUUCAUGGUUGUUUGUUACAGGAGGCAAAAGAGAGAAUGAGCACAUAAAAAUAAGGGGUGGGAAUCUCAAGCAAAGUGUAGCUUAUUGAGCUUUUCACUGUAAAAACUGCAGACGCCUUUGGCUCUGCUGAUUUCCUUUUUAGAUAACUCCAGGUCCUGAUAAUGCUGCAAACAUUUCCUCUGGCUUGGUAAAGAAGCAGUCUAGAGUUCCUGGCUGAGGUCCUUGCUGGCCCAGGGCCUGUAUGUGUGCCAAUCAUCUUUGUCCUGUGUGAAUAUGUGUUUCUUUAGUUCAUGUUUGGAGAUGAAGAUUUUGGUGCCAUAGUGAAGUCACUUUGUUCUCAUUUCUUGAUAAAUAAUUCUGUUAUGUGCUAAAGGGCCUCUGAAAAUUCACUGUGGGCAUCUAUGCAUGAUAUGUACCACUUAGAACAGCAAGUAUCGGUGGAUUUGUGCACUUGAAAAAUAGAUAUAAUUUCCUGUGUUAACUCCUAAGGCCAUUCUUGUCUUGUUAUUGCUGGGCAUACAGUACCUGGCCAGGUAGCUAAUAGAAUAAUUUAUUAAGGAGGUACUGUAGAUAAGAGACUUGCAAUACAAUCUAAAUCCAGACCUUGUAUAUAGUAGAGGUAUUACAGCAGAUAACCACAAAGCAGUUUACAAAGGUAUGAAAGACUAUUUUACAUUUUAUUUUAUGGAAAUGUAUUUUUAGAUAAAUAACAAUUAUGACAUUAAGUGGAAAUGUUAUUCGUCCAGCAUUCAUCAAUGACUGAGUGUGAUGUAACAGUCUCUAUGUUCAUAGUUUCAGCACCUGUUUGUAAAUGGAUGUACAAAGUGCCAAAUUCCUUUCUUCCUUACUUACAAUUUUCAGAAGUUUGCAUACACUUAGGUUGAAGCCAUUAAAACAGGUUUUUUAAAACCCUC